AUGGAUACAUCUUCAACCCCAAAAGCUCACCCCGGCCCCAUCCCCUCCCACGGUUCCUCAACUGGAGCACCCGGCAUCCCAGGCAAACUAGACACACGCUCGCAAUAUGACCCAGCCACAACGGGCUACAAUUCAGCCACAGGUUCUGGAUAUACCUCCUCAUCCGCUGGAGGACCGCACCAUCAGCACGAGCAGCGAGUCUACAUGGAAAAUGAAACUGCAGGUGGCUUGGGAGAGCCCAAGUCCACGAAAGUGAGCAAUGACGUUGGAAAGGGAGUCAAGGGUGCUGCAGCCGGUCUUCAUGGUGCUGGAGAGGCAAUUCGUGGAACGCUUACUUCGGCUGUUGACAAGGCUUUUGGAUCGGACGAAAGUGCGCAGUGGAAUGAAGAGAUUGCUCGUCGUGGUGAGGAUGAGAUUAGAUCGGGCAAGUUUGUGGGAAGAUCUAAGUGA